AAGCGUCUCUUCUCCCGAUUCAAUUACUUUUAUAUUUCGGAUGAAAAAUUUGUUUCACUAAAAUCCAAAAAACUCGUACUCGAUGUAUUCCAAAAUCGAGAGAGACGAAGGAGGAGACGACGAGCAAUCGAUCAGAGAACAAGUUUGACAGCAACGCCGCUUUCGCCGGCGGCGGUUUCAUGCCUUCACAGACAACUACGCAACUUUGCAUCGUCCUUCAAGAACCGCGAUGUAAGUACCUUGCUUCCCCUGACACUGAAGCAGUUGAAUAGCGUAUCAACCAAUGGUGAAUCAAACUUCUCCAUAGACGGCGUUGACAUUAACACCGUUGCAAUUGUUGGACGAGUUGCUAGAAUGGAGAACAUAAUCACCCAAGUUGACUUUGUUGUAGAUGAUGGUACAGGCUGCAUUGAAUAUAACUGCUGGUGUUAUGAACGUCAAGAAACUGAAGUGGAAGCAGUCAGGCUGGGAAUGUAUGUUCGCCUACAUGGACACCUUAAAAAUUUCCAGGGGAAGCGAUCUGUGAAUGUUUUCUCAGUCAGGCCUGUCACUGACUUCAACGAGAUUGUUCACCACUUUACCGAGUGUAUCUCUGUUCACAUGUACAACACCAAGUGGCUCUGUUACUCAGGCUACUGCUACUGCUAUUCAACAACGCCAACCCCUGCAAAUCCAUACCAAACUGGUCCAUCUAAUCAGUUACCAAACCAAUUCAAUGAUCCAAUGCACGGGGUAAAGCAGGAGGUCAUGAAUUACUUGAAUCAACCUAUGCACCUGGAUGCGUUAGAACAGCUCGCAAACGGUGCAUGUGUACUCGACUACGGACGAGACUUGCUUCAAAUCAACCGCAAAUACAUGAUCAAAAUCGAUUUAUCUCUCACAUUUCAAUCUUCCUCUAUAGUUAUAAAGCAUUUUUGUAUAGGCCCUAAGGUACGACAUUAGCUUUAAGAGUUUUAAUCUACCUAAUAGCUUUUGGAUUUCUUAAAAACCAAUCUAAAAGUUCAAUCAAAAUCAUUCCCGUCAUUUGAUAACUUCAGAUCAAAUUUGAAUCGAGAAACUUUCAACCGCCAUAGACAUAAUGUUGGACUGGGCCGUUGUCUUCAGGGGUGGUAACAGAGUCGGCCCAGAUUUUAAGUCCCCAACAUAGCCAAUUUUUGUGAUGGGCCGUUAUUUUCAGUAGUCAUCAUUCAUCUAAGCACCAAAAAGCUUAUAAAGUUAUUCUUUUUUGCACGAAAAAAAUAAUAACGAAAACCGUGAUUUAAUUAUCGGUUUAGUAUUGUAUACGGUUUAUUAAAUUGUUUAACUGGAUAAAUAUGAUAUUGAUUGGUUAGCU